GAUUACAUUUCUCAUUAAAACCACCAUUUUAUGUUUGUCUCAACAAUCUAAUCAAAUUCUCCACGGUUUUCAAUAUGUCCAAUCGAAAGGCGAAGUUACAAAGAAAAUGUUAUAGCUGACUGAAUAUAAAAUAGACAUUUUGUUUUUUGUUUGUAAGAUGGUACCGCGUUUGGCCUGCUAUGUAGUGAUUGUCACUUUAAUCUGGGGUGUAAAUAUCUAUGGUGCCCCAAGUCCAUCAGGCGACAGCGGAGCGCGGACGGCAAAUCCAAGACCUGUUCCAGAAUAAUCUGACGAGGAAUGAGUUCUCUAACCUCCUACAAUCCUUAAUCAAACUGAACGAAGAAAGGGUCAGUGUCCUGAAGAAAAUAUCCAAAUUAGAGGACCUAGGCAUGCUAAACGAAGUCCUCAGAUCUGGAGACCAAAAGACAGGCGAAAAUGCAGACCUCAAAAAUUUGUACUUAGUAAUUUUAUCUAAAAACCAAUCAAACCCUACCCGAAGAAUUAUGGGGGAAAAAGUCGUAGAACUAAUUUCAUCACCCGUGGCUGUUAAUAAAUUGCAAAAACGUUCAAUUAUUUCAACCCUAGACCCAGUUUCAAAUCCGAAUGAUGGGUCACCCAACAUAGAGCCACAAAAAGGGAUAAAUAUCGCAGAAGAAAAGGCGAAACUGAAUCUUAGAACUAAAAACAGAUUUGAAAUAGACGAUGGAAGUCACUCAUUCGCAACCUCAGAACCUUCCCAUAAAUUACAAGUUGAAUUGAUCGAUACUAAACGAUUAAUUUCAUCUGAGGAGGAAACAGAUGAAAUCGAUCAAUUGACACCAAAGCCACCUAAAGGGAGUAAAAAGGGAAAGAAGAAAGAUAAAAAAGUACCAAAACAAGAUCGGUUUGAAAUUAUCACAAACGCAGACGAUUAUCAAGACGAAACAAGCAUGGAUUCUUUUGAAGCUAAAGAUAAAUCUAAAGAAUAUACAGACAUAGACUUAACUGCUGAAAAUGAGCGAAACAUUAAAGUAUCGAAAAUAAAAGACGCAGCUUCUAAAAAGAAAGAUGAUAAACAAAAAACGCCAGAAAAAAAUCUUGAUAGUGUUAAAAGAUUAAAUUACGUUGGUGAGAAAGAGGAAUCUGAAAGUGAUGAAGGAUUGACAAACAAUAAAUCGGUCUCAAUCGAAACUUAUGGCGAAGAAAAAGUAGAGAAAGAAAAAACCAGUAGAGACUAUCCAGAACAAGCAACUCAACAUCAAACAAAGAAUAAGAAAAACAAAAGAAAUAAAUUUAAUAAAAGCAAAGAAAAUACUAGUGAAAAGCCACAUUACAGUAAUCAAAAUCCACCACCAUCUAGAGAAAUUUCAGACGAAUAUAGUCAUAAAAAACCUAAAAUUACAGAAGAAGAUUCAAGUGAAAAAGAACAUCGUGAUGUAAAUAUAAAAAAAGGGAUGUCGUUUGAAGUUGAGCAGCCUUAUAAACGCCCAAAACCAAUUAAAGCGCAUCCCGUCGAGCACGGGCAUAAAAUACAUGACGAAGAUAUGAAAUCCAAAGAAAAUGAUAAACCAAGUAAAGUAUCAAAAGGUAAUUCAGGUCAUUACAGUGAUGAUGAUCACAGAAUAAGUCACGAAGAUAAGUCUAAUGAAAAAGACUAUAAAAAAGAGCGCAAAGAUACAACUAAACACUCGAAUGAAAAUUCUAACCAUCGAAUAAAGUUUAACUCGAAGGAACACAAGUCUAAUGAAGAAGAUAAGGUUAGUAAACGUUUGGAAUAUCCCAAAGAAGACGAAUACAUAUCUAAUGACAAUUACCAUAAAUCCAUUCAAAAAUAUAGCAAUAAACAGCCUCAAAAGACGUCAGAUAAUUUCAGUGAUGGUGACCAUAGAAUAAGUCACGAAGAAAAGUCUUAUGAAAAAGAAUAUAAAAGAGAACACAAAGAUAAAUAUUCCAAUGAAAAAUCUGACCAUCGAAUAAUGUUUAACUCGAAGGAACAUAAGUCUCGUGAAGAAGAUAAAGUUACUAGACAUUUAGAGUAUCCCAAAGAAGAAGAAUACAAAUCUGAUAUUAAUUCACAUAAAUCCAUAGAAAAAUAUACCAAUAAACAAUCUAAAACGACUUCAGAUCACUACAGUGACGAUGACCGUCGAAUGAGCGAUAAGUCUUCGGAACAUGACUUGGACAGUAAACAUCUUAAAACAAGUUCAAACCACAAUAAUGACGACCAUAGAAUCAGUCUUGAUGAUUUCUCAAAGUUCCAAAUCAAUAACCAUGAGACCAGUGUGAAACAUUUCAAUGAAAACGACCAUCGAAUUAAUUUAGAAGACAAUAAGUCAUACGAUAAAGAACCAACUAACAAACAUAAAAGCAGUUUAAAGUACUCAAAUGAAAUGAAUAAGUCCUAUGAAAAAGAAAAAGAUAAUAAACCCAAACAUGCUUUAAGAGAUUCCAAUGAAAUCGGUCAUAAGGUUGCUUCAGAUGAAAAUAAUUCCAAUAAGAAAUUUAUGGGUAGCAAGACCUCUAAAGAACCUGCCAUGACUCUGAAAUACAGUAAAUAUUUAAGUGUCAAUAAACCGAAAAAUAUUCUGAGAAAUAUUCGAUCCAGGGAAGAUAACGGUUACAAAUCACACAGAGAUGAUAUACGACAUUCUGAGGAAAACGAGCCCAAAAUAAAUUACAAUAACAAUCAAGAAAAGAAAAAUGAUUACAACAAAGAAAUACUAAGAAAUACUAAAACAAACAAUGAUGACGCAAGAGAACUGGAACCCCAUGGAAGUUCAUAUUCACAACCCAGAAAAGAUACGCCUUUAUCUAGAGAGGACCGUGAGAGCAAAUCCCCUUCACCAGGUCCAAAUUUCUCCCAUGAAACACCUCACAAAUAUCCAUUAGAUAAAACAAACAAAGAUCUCCCAUACAAGAGUGAUCACAAACAGCCAGAAGAUUUCAGUGGUCAUGCAGACGACGAGAAAAUGUUUAAACCUAAACAACCGACAUUUGAAGAUGAUCACAGAGACAAACAAUCUGAAACGGUAAAGGACUAUGGAGGUGAAGAUUAUAGAAGUACUGAAGACUAUAAGGGAAACCCUAAUUCUCGAGUGGUUAUGAAAGAGAAACCAGAAGAACCACAGAAACAUUUUAAGCACCCUACAGCAGAAGGCGACGAAGAUGAAAAACCUGGAGCAAAAGAUCCAGAAUCAAGAAAGAAUUUCCAAAAAUGUUUCAAUAAAAAAGCCUUAAAACUAUGCACGAAAUCAUGCAUCAGCGCUUACAAAAAUGUCUGCCGAAAAAUGAAAUGUACGUCAAGAUCGAAAAAGGCGCUGAAAAAGGAAUGCAAGCGAAGUUGUAAAAAGAUGUUUUCAACUAAAUCAAGUAAAUAUAGCGAUAAUAGCGGUAGCUGGUAACUGUUUUGUAUUUAAAGUAGACGAACACAAAAAAUACAUAAAUAAUGUUUAACUAAACCUAUCUUAGAACACCUACGAGUUUAUCAAUGAGUAAAUAUCUAAAAAUGAGACUAAACAAUAAUGAGUCCAGGAGAACGAAUUCGUAAUAUUGCUAAUUUACUACUAGUCCUACAAGGGCUCCUAAUCCCAACACCAAAUUUAAAGUUGAU